GGAUGUCUACAUUGCUCAAAAGCAUUGAUCUGAGCUCAGCAAACACUGUUUUGAGUUCAGUUCAGCUCAACACUGUUUACCAUCUAACAAUGCCUGAAGAGCCAAAAUAUAUCAACUACUCCCCCGCCCCUCCAGGCUCAAAACAUGAAGAUGGAACACCCAUCUUGAACAGAUAUUCGACCGUCCUGACUCGCGGACAUGAUUCACCUGCGGCACAGGCAAUGCUCUACGCUGCCGGCGUCCCCGAUCGAAAUGCAAUGAAAAAGAGUCCCCAAAUUGGAGUUGCGUCGGUUUGGUGGGAAGGAAACCCUUGUAAUAUGCAUUUAUUGGAUUUGGGAAAGACUGUCAAGAAAGCUAUUACAGAUAGGGGCUCCAUUGCAUGGCAGUAUAAUACUGUUGGUGUUUCUGAUGGUAUCACUAUGGGGACCGAGGGAAUGAGGUUUUCUCUGCAAACCCGAGAACUGAUUGCUGACAGUAUCGAAACGGUUACCUGUGCACAAUACCAUGAUGCAAAUAUCUGCAUCCCAGGUUGCGAUAAGAACAUGCCCGGUGUUAUCAUGGGCAUGGCCCGACACAACAGACCAUCUAUCAUGAUUUACGGCGGAACAAUCGCUGUGGGAUAUUCCGAAUUGUUACGAAAGAGAAUCAAUAUUUCCAGCUGCUUCGAAGCGGCAGGAGCUUAUGCUUACGAUACCCUUCGCCAACCGGAUGAUGGAGGCGACAAUACCAAAAAUAAGGAUGAAAUUAUUGAGGAUCUUGAACGUCACGCUUGUCCCGGGGCGGGUGCCUGUGGAGGAAUGUUUACGGCUAAUACUAUGGCUACGGCUAUAGAGUCUAUGGGAUUGAGUCUGCCGGGUUCUUCGUCGACGCCGGCUGAGUCACCCACGAAGAUGCGCGAGUGUGUCAAGGUCGCUGAUGCUAUCCACGUCUGUAUAGAGCAGGACAUUACUCCACGCAAGCUUCUCACUAAGCGGUCCUUUGAGAAUGCCCUGGUUAUGACGAUGGCCCUAGGAGGUAGUACAAAUGCGGUUCUGCACUUUUUGGCAAUGGCAAGAACAGCCGAGGUUGAUCUGACACUGGAUGAUUUUCAAAGAGUCAGCAACAAAAUCCCGUUUAUUGCUGACUUGGCUCCGAGUGGUAAACACUACAUGGCCGAUCUUUAUGAAGUCGGGGGUAUUCCGUCCGUUCAGAAACUCCUGAUUGCUGCGGGGUUGUUGGAUGGUGAUAUCCCGACCGUGACUGGCAAGACGCUUGCUCAGAAUGUGGAAUCUUUUCCUUCACUUGCCCAGGACCAGGUCAUUAUCAGGCCAUUGAACAACCCCAUCAAGCCUACUGGUCAUAUACGAAUUCUCCGUGGUAAUCUAGCUCCAGGAGGCGCAGUGGCCAAGAUCACUGGUAAGGAAGGAUUGAAAUUCACAGGAAAAGCUCGUGUGUUCAACAAAGAACAUGAGCUAAACGAUGCUCUCGCAAAGAGCCAGAUUCCUCGCGACGAGAACCUAGUACUCAUUGUUCGCUACGAAGGUCCCAAGGGCGGACCAGGAAUGCCAGAGCAACUUAAAGCCAGUGCCGCAUUGAUGGGAGCCAAACUCACAAACGUCGCUCUACUCACCGAUGGGAGAUACUCUGGCGCGAGUCAUGGAUUCAUUGUUGGACAUAUUGUGCCCGAAGCCGCGGUUGGCGGCCCAAUUGCUCUUGUGCAGGACGAGGAUGUGAUUACCAUCGAUGCAGAGACGAAUGAGCUCAACAUGGAUGUUUCAGAGGAGGAGUUGGAGAAGCGAUUGAAGAAUUGGCAGCCACCCAAGCCGCAGGUGACACGGGGUGUGAUGGCUAAGUAUGCUAAGCUGGUUGGGGAUGCCUCCCAUGGGGCAAUGACUGAUUUGUUUUGAUUAAUCGAGCAGCUGGAGCCUAGCAUACGGAGUAGAAAAGUCGAUUAUUGUUUGAUCUUUGAAGAUAAAUCAGACCUGACGGAUAGAAUCU